GGAGAGAACAAAAUACAUAACACCAUGCGUUUCGAAUUGUCGGGAGGGUUACGUCAGCUGUGUAGCAAACGCAACAAAGCGUUUGACGCCUUCGCGAUAAAUCUAGGAAAUUACCUCUUGAUAAAUCAUCGUGCCAUUUAGUCAUUUCGACUGAUAUGAAUAGACCGUUCAGUGUCGGUAUCUCCUCAGUGAAUAACGAAGCUCAGACGGACUAGGCUUCGUGGAUUGGGUAUACUUUAUACACAGACAGAUAUAAGUUUCUUGUGCCUUUUGAAUAGUGUUAAAUAUCAGUAUUCAGUUCAGGAACAGUGUUAGUCACCAGCUGUAAGUAUCACGAUGGUGUUUACCAAAGGCCUCUUGUUCCUGGUGGUUGUGACAAUCGCCGUUUCUGUGCCUCUCAACGAUCCAGUUAUUGAUUCUCCAGAAACCCGGCUAUGGAAUAGCUUGAGCCAAUCAGAACAGCAAGCGGUGGUAAAACUGGCAUUUAGCUUAGGCGUGAAUGACCCUUUGCGACCUGAUUUGAAGCGCUCGAAACGCAGUAACUCAAAACUGGAUAGUUACGAGGUUCAGGAUUUGGCUGAGCAGUUACUGCUUUACUCAACUCGAAAAUGGGAACUGACACCGGAACAGAUCAGAGAAAUAAGUGAAACAGGAAAACUUUGCAAUGAGAGGGGCUUUUGCAUCGAUUUUGGAGGAGACUGGGGUCAUGGCUGCUGCCCUUUUGGAUGAUCAUCCUUUCUUCCGGCAAACAAGAUUCUUCACUCUGAUGACAAACCUGCUCUAGGGAUAUACUAGUUCCCUUUGAAAGUCUGCCUUUUCAACUCUUAUAUGUUAUACUAAUGCUAGUGUUAACUAUAUCCUCUCCUUUGCAUUGAUAAACAAAAGACAACUUGUUAGAUAUACAAGGCAGUCAUUUCAUCUUAGAUUUUUAGAUUUCUAAGUUUGCAUCCUCUGAUUUACUUGAUUAAGUGAUUCGAUUGUAUAACAAAAAAUAAAUAACAAUUAUUGUUACAAGCAUCUAAAAAACAUAUUUAAAGAAAAGAGUGAAAUUUUUUUGAGCUGUAUAGUUAUUUUCAAUAAAUAAAAAUUCGUCUUAAUUUUAAUACUCACCGGAUACUUCAUACCUGGGAAAGAUGGGAUGUGUUGCUCGUUUUGUUUGUAAUAGCCGACAUAUAAAUGGGACACAACUAUUUAACAGCGGUCAGGCUCCAUGAUAAGGCUAGGAAUCUUAUUUUCAGAGUUUGUUUUAAAAAAUUUGAGCAAACAACGUUCAUGGUAAAACCACAGGUUCUUCAACAUCCUCAGUCGUAGAUGAUAUUUUACAAACCAAAAGCUGUUGAGCCUUAACCGAAAAAAUUUUAAUUAGCCAUUUAUUUUGAUGAGAAUAUUUAGU